ACACAUACUUGUUCUUCAUACCACCUUAACAUGACUUGUACUUCUUUUUUUUCUUACAUAUCCAUUCUUGUAUUCAUUUCAGUCUCACAUUCCUUUUUAACGAGAGUGGAUGUUCGGUUGUCUUCGUGUUCUUAUCGUCUUCAAUAAAAAUUCAAAUAAUAAAUAAAAAACUAAACAAGUGCGUAAUUCGUGUGUUUGUGUAAAUUUUGUUUAAUGAUUGGAAAUAUUUCUCUUUUUUACGCAUACAUGAGUGUAAUUAAUUAAAACGCGUCAGCUGGAAUUCGUUUCGCGUAAAUUUAACUUCUUAACCAGUAUCAGGUUUAUUGCAAAUUGUUUCUUUAUUUCUGGUCACAUUUCUUACUCCUCACAUACAAUAUAAGAAAAUUUUUCGUUUUGAAGAUCUUAUUUUUCUGGCGGGUUUUCUGUUUUUGGAUUUAUGUUAAUAUAAUAUAUUUUGGCUUUCGUAUAUAAAAAGUUUUUGAAAGAGAAAUAAAUACUACAAGAAACAACAACAACAAUUACAAAACACAGAACAUAUUGACAGCAAAAACUACAAAGAAAAUUACAAAUAUUUUUUUUCUGGCAAAAUUCCGUCCAAUUAUUGAAAUUUAAUAGCUAAACUAAACAUAACUCUUCAAAACAAGACAAGCGAACAAAUGUUGGGGUCACUGCGUUAAAAAGACAAAAGAAAUCCCUUUUUUUUAGAAAUAUUAAACCCAACAAUAGAAAAAAUGGAACUUUAGCUAAACCUACUUUAUUACAAAAAAAAAAAAGAACUAGAAAUCUAAAAAAUUUUAUAAAAGACAAAAAACCCUUAAUGGCCUAGUUUGCAUACUAAAAAAAAACAACAAGGAAAACUAUUAAUAAUUUAAACAAUAUAAAAUCAAAAUACAAACUAAAAGGAUUGCAUUAAUUCCCUAUUAAAAAUAAUAAACAAAUAAAAUCUUUUAAAGAAAACACACAAAUUGUCUUCAUAUUACAGAAAUAAAAGAGAUCAACAAAACUUUGUGCGAUUUCACUUAAAAUUCAAACAAAAACAAACACUACGACGCAAAUGACUGAAUCAACACAAUUACAAACAGCAGAGAAUAAUAACGCAGGGGUUGUUAAAAUGGAACCAUUACCGCCUGCCGCCACCACAGCCUCAACAGCAAAUACAGCCAAUUUGGCCACUUCGCCUGCACCAUCAUCCGUUAUGGAACAACAGACACAACAACAGCAAACGGCUGCUAUAAUAAGUGCAACAUUACAGCAACAACAACAGCAGUUGCAACAUCAGCAGCAACAACAGCAACAACAAUAUGCUUUAAAAUGGAAUGAUUAUCAAACUUCGAUGUUGAGUUCAUUUCGUCAUUUGAGAGAUGAAGAAGAUUUUGUCGAUGUUACAUUGGCCUGUGAUGAACGUUCCUUUACCGCUCACAAGGUCGUACUGAGCGCUUGUAGUCCCUAUUUUCGUAAAUUGUUAAAGGCAAAUCCAUGUGAACAUCCCAUUGUUAUAUUGAGAGAUGUACCGGCCGAUGAUGUGGAGAAUUUAUUGAGCUUUAUGUACAACGGCGAAGUCAAUGUGGGUCAUGAACAUUUGCCGGAAUUCCUAAAAACCGCCCAUUUACUACAAAUACGAGGUCUAGCCGAUGUCAACAACGGCUCAUCGGCCUCCUUCACACCAACACUCGCUUCCUCAACGCCCUCCAAUAAAUUGAAUACAGCGUUAAACAGUCAACUAUCAGGCAGUACGAACAAAUUGAAUUUCUUGACAGCUGCUACUCAAGCUUUAAGCAAUUCCUCCAACUCACCAUUUACAACACCAUCGCUAGGAUCGACUACACCUUUAAAUAAUUUAUUAAAUAAUAGCAACAGCAAUCUUAAUAAUAAUAAUAGCAGCAAUAAUAAUAACAACAGCAACAAUAACAAUAAUAACAGUAGUAGCAACAACAACAACAACAAUAAUAAGAAUAACAAUUCGAAUAGUGGAAAUACCCCUGCCAUACAGGAAUUGAAGGCCUCGUCAGCGUCUCCCGUAAGAAAAUCAAACAAUAACAAUAAAGCUAAUCAUUGGGACUUAUCGGAUUCGGAUAGCAAUCGUAAUAAUCACUUGACACCUCCUCCUCAGAAAAGAAUAAAAAGUGCUGAUUUGUUUCGUGCCCAACAUGGUAUCAGUCCCGAACGUUUGCUAAUCGAUCGUGAAUUUCCAGUAGCUGGUCAACAUCCUUUAACACGUAAUCGUGAUCGUAGUCGUGAAACCUCACGCGAUCGUGAUCGUGAAAUGCGUGAAUCUUUGUUGGGACAAGCUUUGGAAAAUACAAAUGGUUUACAGAAACAACAUCCCGAUAUGGCUUCUCUACAUGCCCAAAGCGCCGGCGAAGACUCAAAUAGUUCCGAUACUGAACCCUCUGAUCGCGGUGAUGCCCAACAUGAUGGCACCAUGGACUCUAUGGACAAUCAACGUUCUCAUUCCUUCCCUAAUGCCUUUUUAGGUUUACAAGGUAUACCCGGCCUAUUGCCAGGUCCUUCCGGUAUGGCUGCUAAUGAUUUCGUUACACGUCGCUCUUUGGAAAUGCGUGUACGUGCCACCGAUCCCCGUCCUUGCCCUAAAUGUGGCAAAAUCUAUCGUUCGGCUCAUACUUUGCGUACUCAUUUGGAAGAUAAACACACUGUCUGUCCCGGUUAUCGUUGCGUCUUGUGCGGUACUGUAGCCAAAUCUCGUAAUUCUUUACACUCGCAUAUGUCUCGUCAACAUCGUGGUAUUUCCACCAAAGAUUUACCCGUUUUACCCAUGCCCAGCGCAUUUGAUCCCGAAUUAGCUUCACGUCUUUUAGCCAAGGCUGGUGUUAAAAUUUCUGCUGCUGAAUUAAGAGCCCGUGCCUCUCCCACCAAUAGUACCGGUGCUAAUGGUCAAAAACUUGACAUCAAUAUGGGUGUUGGCAUGAAAGAUGAAAUGGAUGAUUCUGAUGAUGAUCCCGAGGAUUUGACUACUGGUUCAGGUUUUGGUGGCAGUACGAACAGUAAUGAUUUGAGCCGUUAUCAUGAGAGUUUAUUGAGUAACUUUGGUCAUGCUAAUACCACCAUAUCGCGUAUACGUAACGAGGCUGCAGCGGCUGCAGCAGCAGCUGCUUUGGGCCAACAGAAGGAUUUGGCUGGAGGUCAAAUACCUACUAGUAACGCUGCCGGUCAAUCGCUAUUGGAUACAUAUUUGCAGUUUAUAACCGAGAAUACAUUUGGCAUGGGUAUGUCACAAGAACAUGCUGCCGCCGCUGCUUUACAUGCCGCCAAAAUGGCACAACUAAAUGCCAUGGGUCAUAGUCUAGAUAAAAUUCCACCCGGACUAAUACCACCUCAAUUUGAUUUGAGUAAAUUGGCUGGCACCGCUGCCGGUUCGGCGUUUUCAACAGCAGCCGCUAAUAAUUCAGGACUUACCAUUGAACCCAUUAUGAGACGUGAACAGGCUAGUACACCCAAUAAUGAGAAUACUACCUCAUCCAGUAAUAAUACACCUGCCACACAUAGUAAUGACUUAAGAAGAGAUCCCUCCGAACCAAUGGAUUUAGGUUUAGAUGGUAAUAAUCAAUCGGGUUCACAUCAUGAUCAACAGGGUUCGGAUAAUGAGGAUAAUUAUUCCGAAGAUGAAGGAGUGCAUAAUACAUAAAUUUAAAUGAAAAACUUUUUCGUAAAUUUGUUUUUGAAAAUAUAUUUAAUUAGUUUAAUAUAUAUAGAGUAGAGUUAAAACAAAAAACUAGUAAUGCAAAAAAAUUGGGUAUUGAAUUGUUUGUUUUAAAAGUUAGUUGAAGAAAAUUUUCUUUAAAAAAAUAAGAAAAUUUUAAUUGAAAUUUGAAACUAAAGAAGCCUUAAAUAUGUAUACCAGUUUAUUGAAAAAAAAACAAAAGAAUUUUAUUAAGGAAAAUUUUUAACCUGGAAAUCGCUUAAGUAUACGAUUUACCUUGAAAUUAAAAAAAAGAGAAAACACUUUAAAAUAUUUAAAGAAAUUUUUUUUGAAAAACAUAAAUAUGUUUAAGGAUUAAAAAAAAAGAUAUUAAAUAUUGUAUAUAUAGAAAAAUAAAAUAAGUAUUUGAAAAUGCAAUAUUAUUAGAAAAAAAAAUCAAACAAAAUUAAGGCAAAAAUAUAUACCUCUAUAAUGGUUAACGGCAAAGCAAGAGACAAACAGAAAGAGAUAGUUAAAAAAGAGAGCAGAGACAACUCUUGGUUGUUGGCUAGAGUUUUUGCAGGUUUUUAAGCUUUUACUUAGAGAGCUCUUAGUUGUUGUUAAGUUAUGUUGAAUGUUUUUUUUUAAAGAGAAAGAGAGAGCUUAGCCGUUAGCUGUUUUAUAUUAAUUACAACUGCAAAAACAAUUUAAAGCAAUUUCUAGAUUUAAAUCUUUUUUUUUAGAAAAGUAGA